AUUUGAUGUGGUUAUUCGUGAUUGAUCACUUGUAUGUUGCAUCAGCUCCUUAGCUGACGAUCAAGCGAACCCUACAAACAAUGCCAAUGCGUUCAUUCGCGCAGACGAUUGACGAGUUGAUGUACGAAACAAGCCAACACCAAAACUUCUCAUGGCUUUUACGAUAGAUUCGCUUAUGUCUCCCUCACGGGCCCCUCAAGUUGGCUCUGGGUCACCUGGCUAUCCUGGCAAUGGAUAUCAGGUCGGACGUCUUGGGCAGCUUUACCAUGGUGUGCCCGCAAUGCACAGUUCGUCGGCCGGAAUGUUGGUCAGUACAGGUGGCCUUUUACCUAUGUAUCAUUUGCGUCAGGACUCAAACCCUUCAUGUGCAGGGCUACGAUUGACAGAUGAUACUCAAAAUAGUUAUCAUGGAAACAGUACAGGUCGGUUAGCGCAGCCUCCAUUGGCAUAUACUGAUCAGUAUGGAUCGUUUACGUCUUCAUCGGUACACUCGCCGAUGCAGUCCGCGCCGCCUCCCGUAUCGUCACCCCUACCACCUGGUCUGGGGGCAAACCUCUGUGGCGGUUUAGGGAUGACUCGACAUGCAAUGGACGGUACCGCUAAUAUGCCUGCAGACAGUGCAAUGUUUAAGGACUGUUGUGAAAAUAACGAAGACGUAGGGAACACCGUCGAUCUUGACGAGGAAGUCGUAGAAGACAGUACUGGCCAAACACCUGACGGAAAUAACGGCGAUGGAAAAGGGAGACGUAAACGCACAGCAUUUACGAGCGAGCAACUAUUGGAGCUCGAACGCGAAUUUCAACAUAAAAAAUAUCUAACGCUGAGCGAACGCUCGCACAUCGCCCAUACCUUACAGCUAAGCGAAGUACAAGUGAAAAUUUGGUUCCAAAAUCGACGUGCAAAAUGGAAACGUUUGAAGGCGGGAAUUGUCAAUUCCAGAAAUGGUGGUGGAAACAACAAUUCUAAACUUGUGGUACCGAUACCGGUUCACGUGAACCGAUUUGUAAUGAGGGGACAGGAACAAAAUCGACCACAUAUGCCAAAAAUGUCGAUUUCGGGCAACGGCCAGUUCACCCGAAGCAAUACUGGUUCAACACCGCCAUUGCAUACCGUUAGUUCUACAACAUAUCCGAAUUAUUCAAAUUCAAACCUGGACACGUUAAAUGUUGGUUUAAACCAAUGAGUGCGCUUUAUUGGAUUUCAUAUUUCUUUUUUGCAUAGGACAUUACUUAAAUCCUAUAUGCGAGACUUUUAUUGCCAAUUUCGUCCGAUUUUACCGGCCUAUUUUACAUAAUUGGCCGCAAUUUAUGUGAGCGAGUGAAGGUGUGUGUGUGUAUGUAUAGGGGUGUGUGUCGGGGAUGGGUGUGAUAUGUGUGUGAAUAUAUAUGUAUGAUUUAAUUAUUUUGUUUUAAUAAAUCUAUUUACAUUAUAUUAUUCUAGAUUUUAUAAUAUUAUUAAAGAAAAAUUCCUUUAGAGUUUGCAUCUUGGUAAUAUCUGAAGGAUUUUAAUAGGUUACGAUGAAUGAGGCCUACUCACGUUUAAGGUUUUGUGAUGUCUCUUAAACUAGUUGAGAAAAUAAAUUGAAUUUUUGUUUUGCAACUGUCAAAUGUUUAUUAUCACUAAAUGCUAAUAUAUGAUUUAUUAAAAUAAUAAAUAAUACAAUAUCUUUUUUUAUAGCGCAUAAUUCCAAUUCAUCCAUGCGCUUUCCAUCAAUAAACUAGAGUUAUGCCUAUAUAUUCUAUUUGAACGUUACUAUUUAUGAUAAUUAUUUUCUGCUAGAUAAUAGGUUGGUGCUCUUUGAAGAUUUUAAAUGACAUUGUUAGUUUAUUCGUUGCUCUUAAGUCUCAAUAGAGCAUUUAUCUGUUUAGUAAAAAAUAUUCAAUUUCAAUGUACCAAGAUGAUACGCAAAAUCAAUAUCAGAAUUUCUCGUUUACAGAAUAUACCUACAAAGCACUGCGAAUAAGUACCGGUUUGGAUGGCACAUUUCCAUACAACUACGGCAUUAAGUAUAAUACGUAAUACAAUCUGUCAGUCAAAACUGGUAUUUUAUGUAAGCAUAAUUUUAUCACAGAGGUCUAGAAAUUCUUUUCUGAGUUUUCUAUAUUCAUACUUCCUGAAAAAAUAUAAGUGAGUGAAUAUUAUUUAGCAAGAUGCUAAUUGAAAAUAUUCAUUAGAUAAGUAUCACGUUUUGAUUAUUAUUUUCUGAUUUAAUGCGUUGUUGACAUAUUUUUGUUAGGUGCUGACUUAAGUGUGCAAUUUUUUUGGGAGGAAAUUUGACUUGUUUAGCUUCUUUCUCAGGGUAUGUUGUAAGAUAUUUUAUCGCAUGGGAAUCACUGUAUUUAUACAACUAAAAAAGUUGCACGUAUCUAAAGAGUUGUUUUAAAUGGUAUAUAGGCCUAUUGCAACUACAAGAAAUGGUAAGGCGUUGUUAUGUAUUUUGCGAUAAUGAUGGCGUUGCAGCUCUUAAUAAAAUGUACUUAUGUAGGUUGAUGAAUCAACUCUCGAUGACUUUCCUUUACUUACUUCGAAUGUAUGGUAUUACGGUAUAGGCCUAUACUGAUUUUUCUUUACUUUAAAAUGGUGUUAUUUUCUUUAUUCAAUUUCUCUUCCUAACUUUUAAUGAAAUAUAACAUUAAGCUAAAAUAAAAACAUAUUC